UCAUCCAGUGGUUCCUCCCACCUUGAGUGAGGCGAGUCUGCGAGAGGCAGUGCCAGACUCUUACUGACUGAAACACCCCGUUCCGACUCCUAUUUCGAGCCGCAGCCCAGGUAACCUGUUAAGUCGUCCGCAGCUCCGGACCACGUGAAGUCUUGUGGUUCGAGAGGAAUUCGUCUUCAUUGCCUUCAGAUCCACGACCGUGUGGCGUUACGCUAUCUAAGUCAGUAUGUUGGACCAGUACUGUUCAACAUUUGCGACUUUGAUGAAGCAGCUGCAAGACAUGUUUACCUCUUCAACUCAUCCAGACUUGUGCUCGCUAUUUCCAAUUUUACUGUGAGUUCGUUGUACUACUAUACUUGUUCAUGCUUAUUCAUUUGUACAUUUUAUUGUGGUUAGAUAUAGGUUUUAAUUGAACCUUGAAUGUUUACAAAAGUUACCUACGUGGCAAGUCAUUAGUGAAGAUGUAAUGUACUUCUUCUAAUAUUUUUAUCUAUCAAUCAACAUCCGAGUCUUCUAAAAUAGCGAAUAUUCAUAAAAUAUUUUGUUAUUUUCCCUACAUACGGAGUGCAGUUGGAACGUAUGACGGUGGUGGUAACUCCUGCGCGCACUCUGCUUUCCAGCGACGGGCAGUGUCCGUCAGCGAACCUCGAAUGCCAGGUGUCCGGCGCACGUGUCUGUAUCGACUCACUCAGCGCUUGCGACGGCGUACCCAACUGUGGUUCAUACGAUAUAUAUGAUGAGGAUCGUUUGACGUGUGGAAGAUCAGCAGGACUUCAGCAUAACGUGUGCCUUGCCGCCAUAACUUUCUUAGCAGUUUUACUUACUAUACUAUAUAUCGUGCACUAUUGGCUCAAGCGAUGUGUGCCCAGAGUGUCUGAUGCCUUUUUCAUAUACACUGAUGCUGCUGAGAAUGUUUUAUACUUGGACCCUAUUAUGAGGUCUCCAUAUGAUACUGAAGAUCCAAAGGAGUUUUAUCGAACCGGCGUUAUUCAUGAUGAUAUGGAAUGUACCGACAUGAAAAUAAAAAGCAAGUCAGUUAGUCCUUAUAUUAGGCGAUUUCUCAGCUUAUUUCGACGGAGAUGUAACUCAAAUCGUGAUGCGGCACCCGUUAAGAAAGAACAAGAAAUUGACAUAGACUUUGACCGCCAACGAAUGUAUUCGUAUGGCGAAGUUGAGUUAACUAAAUUGGGAGCUCCUGCGUUGACAGAUAUGGCAGUGCAAACCGGAUCAAGUUUAAUAGGAAUUCACACAUUGGAUUCAGUUGUUGUUAACGUGUCAGAUCACGGCAGAUCUUUGGAGGUUGAUUCUGAGAUGGAAGAAAUAGUAACUUAUUACGAAGUAAAGCGAAGAUCAACGGAAAGCAAUUUUAUUGACUUAGACGAUCGUGUGUCUACGGAACGCGUAUUUAAAGAGUUGAGUAUUUUGGAGUUCUUUAAACGGGCAAGAUCUGUUUCUGUGGACAUGCCUCCAUAUCAAGAAGAAAGAAGUUCAGAAUAUUUGACUCAACUUUCUCCCCAAAGAGAAGAAGAGGAAAUACAAAGCCUUAACUAUGAACCAAGCUUCGAAGUGCCAGCAAGCGUUACUUCAAUGAAUACGGAAAUAAGUGGGAAAAAAAUUGAACACGCAAAUGUUCAAAAGAAAUUAAGAUUUGAAGAUAUUAAGGCGGAGCCUGAGAAUGUAAAUGUAGAGGGGGCAAUGCCUGAACGUGGUCGACGGAGCGUGGUGUAUGGGACCGGGAAGAAUUUGCCUAUAGAGCAGUCAGACUCCGGCGGACAAAUCGAUGAGCCGAGUACUAGUACCAAUAGGAAAACAUAUUUUUGGGGCAGCAGUAAAAACAAACCUAAAAAGCCAACUAAGAAAAAGACUCAAUUAUUCUCGUCUACGAUGAAGUAAAGCUUCUGCAUAAGCAGAAAGAGAUAACUGUUUUUAAGUUUAAUGAAUGAGUCAAUUGUAGUUACUGACUUUAAUGUUUACUUUGGUUUAUAAGAAGGGGAAA